ACAUGUAGUCUAGACAUGGACGUGGUCAUCUACGAUAACUCCUCCCCACAGGCCAUGCUAAAAAUAACCAUAAACAUCGAAGAUAUCAACGACAAUCCGCCAUUUUUUCCCCAACUUUACACCAAUCUCAAUAUUUCGGAAUCAGCGUUGCCUGGAGUCUUCGCCACUCUAGAGCCAGCCACUGAUGUUGACAGUCCGAAGUUUGGCAUCAAUAAAUACUACCUCGCCGACAAUGCUAUCUUUGAUAUCAACUUAUCUGUAAAAAUCAACAACAAUAACAACAACAACAACAACAACAAUAACAACAACAACAAUGGCCUCAUAGAGAUCUCACUAAAAGGCAGUUUGGACCGCGAGUUAAAACCCUUUCACGAGAUAGAGUUAAUAGCGUUCGACGCAUUCAUGCCAACAUUAUCUAGCAGUACCUUAAUACGCGUCCAGGUGCUGGAUGAAAACGACAACGUUCCAAUCUUUGAAGACGUUCCACAGAAUUUAGAGGUUCCGGAAAAUUUGAUGUUGUCAAAAUUGCUGACCCUAAAAGCUCAUGACGCCGACGAGGGUAUGAACGGACUCGUUGAAUAUCUUCUGGACGACGAGACUGAAAUUAGCGAAACCGUUUUCCAGGUCGACAAAAGCACCGGAAUUAUAACAACGUUAAGGUCAUUUGACAGAGAGAAAGAUGACAGAUAUAGUAUCAUUGUAGUUGCCAGAGAUAUCGACAAUUUGCAAUCGAGUUGUAGUGUUGUUGUUGAGAUUUUAGACGUUGAAGAUUGCAAGCCUUUUUUUGAGAGGGCUAGGUUAGGAGGAGGAGGGUGGGGAUGUCGUUGUUGA